AUGUUCAACAUCAGACCUUCAGCCGCAAGACUCACACGCAAUGCCGCUAGCAGCGACGUUCUCUCGCCGUCUCUUCGCCAUGUCUUUAUCUCUCCACCCCCCUCCCUCUUUCACCCUUCAUCCGAUCCCCGUCAUCUUUCCGUCAUCAUUCCGAUCGCCCCUAUACCCGCCCCUCCUUGCCCUCCUCCCCAUUCGAAAACCGCUUUCUCUUCCUUACCCCCCCUUAUCCCGCGCCGUCUCCGGUACUACAAUCGCAUCCUCAUCGUCAUCAUAAUCGCAACCCAACCGUCGCAGCGGUACGAGCAGACGGGCAACGCCAUCUGCCUCAAGGCGCGCGACGACAAUGCGGCGGCCGCCACGCAGAGCGGCGCGUUUGACCUCAACUACGCGGACGUCAUGUUCGCCGGCGUAGACCCCGGCUCAUCCAUCAAGGACGGCAACGGUAUCUGCUACGACAGCGCGGCGCCUGGCAGCGCGUCGUUCCUGGACAUACAGUAUUACGUCAACAUCACGUCCUUCGGUCGCACCUAUGUCGCGUCGCUUCCCACGCGCCUGCUGCCUGCCGUCGUCGCGCAAGCCUCGUUCAGCGUGAACCUGUGGUGGAACCGCGUCACUGGUGCCGAUCCGGGGCCGCCGUCCGCGGAGGAUGGCAGCGCGUCUGACGGCGCUGCUGCUGCUGCGAGCGCUGCUUCUGCGGCUACUGUUGCUGCUGGUGCGGAUGCGGGCGGGACCGGGAGUUUGAAUGGCCAACAGCAGCAGCGGCAUGGAGGGGCGGAUGUGGUGGUGCUCAAUGCGGUGAACAAGGCAUCGAAGCCUCUGGAAGUGAUAGGCGCGCCCUCCCUCGUGACUCUCGACCCCGCUGACUCCCCCAAGCAGCCCACCACAGAGACUGUUGCAGCACCAGCAGCAGCCUACUCUCUCCGCUACACCACAUUCGACAUCGCCCUGCACUACGUGCUCCCCAAGUACCUCAACCCAACCUACGCCUCCAACGGCCAGCUUUCCUUCACUCCGCGGGCCACCCAACCAGGCGCCACAGGCGCUGCCGCCAUCCUGUUCACGUCGGAGCGAGACGCGGUGUACGCGGGCGGCGUCACGUGGAUUGUCUCGUACCUGGUGCAUCGCCCGGACCCGUCGCCCUUGUCUGUGGGCUUCCAGUUUGUGCUAUUUGAGGCGUCCUUCUACCAGCCACCGGCCAACGCAACAGCCUCCGCUUCCUCUGCUGCUUCCACUUCCUCGUCUGGUUCUGCUGCCGUUGUUACCCCGAGCCCGGUGGCACGGCGGUUGCUGCUGGCGCAAGGUGCGGCAGAAGAGUGCAGUGGGCUGGUGUGCUCUGGGAGGACUGACGCGGCACGCUCUGGUGCCGCAGCCUUCGUAUGCCGGCCGCGUUACCCCUGCCCCUUGGGCUGCACCCCUGGAAAGAACAACUACCCCAACUGCUGCCUUGCGUGCUCGGCUUCGUGA